AUGGAGGUACCGGAAAUAGACGAUGUAACAAUGGCAGAGUGGGAUCUGAGCACAAAAAGGCUCACAUGGGAAUGCUUUACGUUGGUGAUGGGGACGCAAAUUGCAGGAGCGGCUGCGGCAAUUAAUAAGGCCACACUCGAUCCAUACCCUGAUUCGACUGUUGUCACCAAACGAAGCUCUGCCGACGCAAACCAGGUUAUUUAUGGAGCCAGUCUUCAGAAGAAAUGCAGUAGCAACAUAAACGUGCUUCCUGUGAUUGACUACGUUUACUCGGAAGGCAGACGGAAUUACGGAUGGUCGAUCAUGCCCUACGUCUCCGAAGGCUCCCUGGAGGCCAACUUCGGUUCCUACUCGGACCAGAGCUCGGUGAAUACUGCAUUUAAGCAGAUGCUUAAUGCGGUCGCUGGGGUGCAAAGCGAAGGCAUCAUCCAUCGUGACCUCAAGCCCGAGAAUUUUCUGAAGGACGGUGAUACCUUAAAGCUCAUGGAUUUCGAUCAGUCAAGAGAGACCUCCUCUUCCAACCAAUUUGAUGUUGGCACGCCAUCCUACAUCGCCCCAGAAAUUAUCGCCAUGAAGACGGAUACAGGCAUAAUGUAUGACUACAAGGUGGACACAUUCUCGAUCGCGAUGAGCUUUAUCGUCAUGUCAGUCUCAGAGCUCAGGGAUGCGACCACUCGCUUCCAGCUGUGGAAAGAUCUCAUUGAGCCUGACGGUACUCUGUGGCCUUCAGCAGAUACCGUGGCAAAACUUCUGAAGGCUAGAAACUAUGCAGUCUUUAGUGGUAACGAUGAUCUUCUCAACGUGCUCGCGAAGGCUCUGUGCAAGCCAAGCGAACGCUACGACCCACAAGGCUUCAAGGCGGCUUUCGCUGGAGUGGCCUAA